UAAUGUGAAUGUUACAUGGUGCUGUCACCGAACAGUCCGUUACCGGGACAGGCAGUCACCACAGUUUCAAAGAAGAAAACCACUGUGAAAUGACUGUUUAAUAAACUCUAUGCAAUUGUGAAUCCACUUCAGCUAAAAAUGUUGAAAAGCUGCGGGAGGAAAUUGGUGAUUUCGGUAGCAGGAGCUACCUUCACCUGCCUUGUGGUACUCUUGGUUGCAACCCAGCACCAAGUAAUCCAGGUGGCUGAGGUACAGAUUGAGAGUGAUGUCGGGAUGCGUUCGCUGCAGAGUCUGGAUAGCACGGGGACAAAUGCUGACGACCAGAGUUCGUCAGAGAGCCAGUCGCAGGACAAUUCAAAGUCGACGAACAGGAAAGGAUUCUCCGCUUAUUUCUCAAAGUUAACUCGGGACAGGAGAGACUUAGAGAAACCCGCGUCGCAAACCGGGUCUGCAUCUGAGGCGCCCCCAUCCGAGGACAUUAACCCCAAUGACAUCUUCAUCGCUGUUAAGACAACAAAGAAGUUCCACCAGUCCAGGCUGGAUCUUCUUCUCGAUACCUGGAUCUCAAGAAACAUGCAGCAGACGUACGUCUUCACAGAUGGGGAUGACGAAGAGCUGAGGAAGAAACUUGGGAGCCACGCCGUCAACACCAACUGCUCGGCCGCCCACAGCCGCCAGGCCCUGUCCUGCAAGAUGGCGGUGGAGUACGACAAGUUCAUCGAGUCGGGGAAAAAGUGGUUCUGCCACGUGGACGACGACAACUACGUGAACGUGCGGACACUGGUGAAGCUGCUGUCCCGCUACCCGCACACUCAGGACGUGUACAUCGGCAAGCCCAGCCUGGACCGGCCCAUCGAGGCCACCGAGAGGCUCGGGGACAACAAAAUGAGGCCUGUGAAUUUCUGGUUCGCCACCGGAGGGGCGGGGUUCUGCGUGAGCCGCGGCCUGGCUCUGAAGAUGAGCCCCUGGGCCAGCGGCGGUCACUUCAUGAACACGGCGGAGAAGAUCCGGCUGCCGGACGACUGCACCGUCGGCUACAUCAUCGAGUCCGUCCUGGGGGUGCGCCUGAUCCGCAGCGGCUUGUUCCACUCCCACCUGGAGAACCUGCAGCAGGUGUCCAAGUCUGAGCUGUACAAACAGGUCACGCUGAGCUACGGAAUGUUCGAGAACAAGAGGAACAUCAUCAACCUGAAGGGGGCUUUCUCAGUGGAAGAGGACCCAUCCAGGUUCAAGUCCGUGCACUGCUUGCUGUACCCGGACACCCCCUGGUGUCCCCUCCAGGUCAGCCCUUAGCGGCGACCCCCCCCCCACCUCAGUGGAAUCCUCGUCCCACGCUUUGCCUCGGUAUCUGAAAUGGCUCGUGGGACCAUCGUGUCGUAUUUGGGUCCGGGGGAGGGGCCCCCGCCGUGUUUUUGCCGCGGCGGUGCGCCCCCACCCCCCCCCGGCCCGGGUCGGUUUUUUGAAAUGGGGCUGCUGUGCGGCCCCCCCGUUUCGGUUUACAGACUUUGCCCUUUUCCCCUCCGCUGGAGCUCCCAGCCCCUCACCCCCCCCCCCUCCCCCUCUGGUCCGGAGAGACGGGAGAGUGGGCAGAGAGUCCGGCAGAAGGGGGCGGGCUUUUAGCAUCGCGCUGUACAGGCUUAAUGUUGUAAAUGUCGCUUGUGAUGUGUUUCGCAAUUCUCACAGAAUGUGUAUUCGUCUGUGCCUUUUUCUAGGCCUUCUUGCCAGCUUUGUCACGCUUUUUUAAAACCGUUUCAUUUCGAGCGCUUGAGGAAUUACCGUCCUCAACUUUUUGUAAUUGAUUUUUUUAAAGCCAUGUUAGGACCAUUGAUACAGACUAUAUCAAUGAUUUUCAUGAAAAAUUUGUUAAGGUUUAACUCACUCAUUUAGUUUUAUAUUGUUUUAUUUUAAACAGACAUCACAAUAGACUCCGGAAACAAAUAAGCAAUGUGAAGAUACAUUUGAAUUCUUUUUUAUGGUUAAAUUUCAGUUUUACAAUGAAUUUGAUUUUAAGCUGGCAGUGGGUAGUUAUAGAUGUACACUUGGAUGUUUUUGUAUCUGAGGUACAUCGUGUUAAGCACUUUUCGCUCUAUAUUUUUAGUUAGAAAAUUCACAAGACUGAAGCCUUUUAGGCUUCAAUUCUGAGCUAAAACUAAAAGAAGACUUUAGCCCAAAACUAAACAAAAAAUUAUUUAGAAUUGAUGAUAUUUAAUUUCAUUCCAUUGCAUUGAAACAAUCAUGUGGAAAAUUUGUAUAUUAUAAAACUGUAUCUUAUUCAUCUUUUGUUUUUGUAAAAUUUGAAUUGAAUAAUUGCACAGCUUGCUUUUAAUUUACUGUUGCUAACUCUUGUGAAGCUCUCUGACACAUAGUGGAAUAUUGCUAUUUUUCCAAUAUAUAUAUAAUCUCAAAAACAACCAUUUUUACCUCUGAAAUUAUAUUUCUAUGGUCUAUACCAUAGAAAACAUUCCCAAGUUUUGAGUGUGUAGCCCAAGUGCAUCAGUUUAACUGGCAGCUAAAAAAAAGGUCUGUUUUUGCCUCACAAAUCCUUUCAUGUUCAUCCACCAUUUUCAGAGAUUUCCAUAAACUUUAACAUAAAUAAUUGGUGGAGCAAAGACUCCCCUUUAUUAUUACCGAGGGUAUUAGCCAUUUUGGUUCUCUUUGUAAGCCUUCCUGUCGAACGUUUAGCCUUGAGAGCUUCACAAGAGCAGCACCAGUCUUCCCAAUCAGAGGGUUUCUCUCUGUGAAGAUGACCCACAGUGGGUGUGUUUGUACAUCUUUAUUUGUUGCAGUACUUAUUUUACUGUGUCGUUUAUUCCCAAUUACUGCCUCUGUAAAUAUGUGUAAAUCUUAUGCUUUUUUUCUUCUUCUGUGGAUCAGAAAUGCUUCUGACGGAUUUAUGACGACCGUUUACCACUUGUAAUUGCAUUGACUUCUGUCAUUUAUACUCCAGUAUCUGGAUUGUGGAAUUAAAAUGUAUGAAUUAACCGGAAUGCUUCUCGGGGGACUAUGAAACCUGAUGGUGUUACUGCAGAAUCUGUGGUACUCGUCCUGUUGUUUGUUCUGUAAAGCAGUGUUCUGCUCCCACUGAGGCACUGUCUGAUAUUUCUCCAUUAUGCACCCAGUUCCCUAGUAACCAUUCGAACACCGUUAAGCCGAUAUCUCAAGUGUGAAAUUCCUUCCUUCAAUAGUUUUGAAAGUUCUGUCAUACAGCUCACCAGAACAAGCCAUAACAUACUUAAUGUGCCAUAAUCUACAGAAGCCCUAAUGCCAUCGAGCAAAGUAAAUUAAUACACACAAGUAUGUCAACGUCAACCGCCAAACAAACCAUUUCCUGCAUGAAACUCAAGUCCCACAGUAGCAACCACAGUAACUAUGUUACCACAGUUCUAAUUCACGAAAACUGAACCUUACACAUUAACUGAAUUAUAAAAAGGAAAAAAAUAACUCUUUUGCUUUUUCUUUAACCACACAAUACUACUUUACCUGACAUAAAGUAAUUUUGAGACA